AUGUCCAAAAGCACAAAGCUAUUUCAGCCCCCAGAGACUUACCCUGAAGCACCUACAGAUAUGUAUUAUAAGGUACCACCAAAGGUUGCUCCUUCGUCCACUUUGCCUCACCUGUUCCCUUGGGAAAGCCAGAUUCGAGCUCCGUCUCGGGUGUUUCUUCAUGACACUGGGGAUGUCCCUACAGAAACUAAGCCAGACUCGACUACACCAAUAGACAUCGACAUCACAUCUUCCAUACAUACCGAACCAACGCCUACCCAAGCUCUUUCAAGCACUUGGGAUUCAUAUGCUCGGACCAACGCCUGGGACGAAGUUCCUGGAAUCGAGCAAUAUAUGCGAUCUCUCCAAAAACCGCGCCGGAAAAAUGUGCAGCUUCUUGCAGGCUCCGACAGAAGCUGGUCCCCAGGAUCAUCGGUUUCUCGCGGGAGGAGACCAAGUUUGAGACUAACCGAUUUUCCUACUGAGGUUGAACGACCAAGCCUCCCGGUUACUCCUGCUCCUAUCAGAAGAGGGAGUUAUUUUGAAAAGGACUCUGACCAAAAGGGAAGUAUACAAGAUACUGAAAGUGUGACUAAACAGGAGGAAUGGAACCCGCUGGACCAGCUUGAAAGGCUUCAUCGGCAUCAUUGCGAAUUCCUUGAUCGCGCAUUAAGAGAUAUUUCGAAAGAGGAGGGCGAAUAA